GUUCGACGCUUUCCCAUCUUCCCAACUCGUCUUCUGUCCAACCUGUGCUGCCUGCCAGCUUCAGCCGUUGGUUUCGACCCACGUCCGCCCAUCCGUUGGUGCCUGUUCGGGCGCUGAGAAUAUCCUGAUUUCAGUCCCCCAGCCGCGAUAGCGUGCGCCUAUUAUUCAUCCAUUCACCCCCUCAUAUUGCGUUUCCUCCCACCGCCGUUUCCGUCCGACCCGGCACAGCUUCCAGGCUCUCCAUCCCUUCCUUCCGACCUACGGAGCCAUUGACCAUCCCACCUAACCAGGGCUGAACCGCGGACAUCAAAAUAGUCAAAAUGCGCGUCACCAUCAGCAUCACGAACUCGGCGGCCGAGGACCAGGACCUGCUCUCCCUCGAAAUCUUCCCGGACAUGACGCUCGAGACCCUGCGGAGCUCCAUACAAGCCGAGACCCAGGUCGCGCCGGCGUCACAACACCUCUACCACAACGGAGUCCUCAUCUCAGAAGAUAGCAAAACGAUGGAGCAGCUGCAGAUAGUCGACGGUGACCUGCUCGGGCUCCACGUGCGGGAGACGCGGGGAGCCUCGGGCGGCCGCGCCGCCGGUCAGCAAGCUAGCCGGGCCAUAGCCGAGGGCUCCGGCAGCAGGGGUGGUGGUGGCGGUGGUGGCGGCGCCGGCGGCAGCGCGAUGCCACAGGACCCGGAGUUCAUUCGUCUACAGAUCCUGGGCAACCCCGCGAUCCGCGCCAGCCUCACCAGCCAGCAGCCGCAGCUGGCAUCCGUGCUCGAUGACCCAGAGCGCUUCGCCCAGCUCUACUCCAUGAGCAUCGACCGCGACCGGAGGGAGCGUGCCGAGCGCCAGCGGCAAAUACAGCAGCUCAACGAGGACCCUUUCGACAUCGAGGCGCAGACCAAGAUCGAGGAGAUGAUCAGGCAGGAGCGCGUCAUGGAGAAUCUUCAAAAUGCCAUGGAAUAUAACCCCGAAGUUUUUGGUCGUGUGCACCUCCUGUACGCCGACGUCGAGGUUAACGGAAACAAGGUCAAGGCCAUGGUCGACUCGGGCGCACAAGCGACCAUCAUGUCGCCGAGCUGCGCCGAGGCCUGCGGCAUCAUGCGCCUUGUCGACAGACGCUUUGCUGGCGUGGCCAGAGGCGUCGGCACCGCCACCAUCAUUGGAAGAGUCCACACAGCCCCCAUCAAGAUUGGCAGCUUGUUCCUGCCCUGCAGCUUCACCGUCAUGGAGGGCAAGUCGGUUGACCUCCUGCUGGGCCUGGACAUGCUCAAGCGCUACCAGGCCACCAUCGACUUGUCCAAGGGGAAGCUCAUCAUCCAGGGCGAGGAGAUCUCGUUCCUCGGUGAGGCUGACAUCCCCAAGGAGUCCGAGGAGGCGCUGGAGGAGGAGCCAACCAUCAGCGGCCCCGGCGGCACUACCAUCGGGGCGAGGUCUGGAGCGGUGUCGGGCCCCGCCGCCGGCGGUACACCCGAGCCAACCCCUUCAGGGCCGUCGCAGCCGUCAGGCUCUCAGCCACAGCAAAGCGUUCCCGGCCCCCCUCCUCUGCCACAGUUCCCCGAGGAGCAUAUCGAGCAGCUCAUGAACCUGGGAUUCAGUCGAGAAGCUGUCGUUCAAGCUCUGACGGCUACCGGGGGCAACCUUGACUAUGCGGCCAACCGCCUUUUCCAAGGGUGAAGGGCCAUCGGACGUUGGAACAUUACAGAUGAGACCUUCUUGAAAAUAAUUGCCCGGCACCCAUCUUUUCUCUAGGCCAUCUUUGGGCCCUUGGCGUGUCUCGGCGCUGUAUCCCAUGCUGAGAGCUGCCUGCUCUCGAGUAACCAAAGGUCACGCAUGGCUUUCCUUCUGUUGUUCUCUCUUUGUCUAUUUUCCGCCGAUUACGGAAAUACAAUUUGACAUUGGAAGAUUCUGGCUAGUCUAGCACAUCCCGGCGGUAUACGAAAAUGAGAUAGAAGGCAAAAGAGACAGAACUAAUAAUUUCAGGCUUGCAUAAGAGCUUUGUAAUACACAUGAUGGCCAUGAAGAAUCAACUUGCCUCCUAUCUGACCGAGUGGGUGCUUUGG